AUGUUCGAUGCUAACUCUAUGUUGUACGUUGUGGUUGUGGUCUGUAGUGACUUUCUCAUAGUUUAUUACUUUUACUGUUAUAAUAAGUUAAAGUAGUGAUAAAUUAGGUAACAAACUCAACUUUCAGAAGCAUCUGGGAGUUAUCAAGAUCAUUUGACACACAAUUAGACUGGAUUCCACUUCAGUUCAUGUUGGGUUUCUUCGUAACAAUUGUGGUAGAUCGUUGGAAACAGAUCUUUCAUAACAUUGGAUUCAUCGAUAAUACGGCAUUAAGAUUGGCAGUUUAUAUGGAUGGAGAAGAUGCUUAUCACAAGACCGUACGACGAAACAUCAUUCGGUACAUGUGUUUGUCACAAAUAUUGGUACUAAGAGACAUUGCCGUGCCUGUGAGGAAACGGUUUCCUUCUUAUGAGGCUAUUGUUGAGGCUGGUGGGUAUUAAUGGUUUAUAUGUAUUUGUUUCAAGUAUUAUAUUUAUAUUGAUAUGUUCAUGCAAUUUGUGUUGGCAGGGAAGGGAGGGUAAUUUGAGACUUUUAGAAAAGUGGUGGAGAGAAAAGUUUUUUUGAAUUUUGAAGAAAUUUUUAUUUUAACAGGGGGGACCACGUUGAUUUUUUUCGAAAAAAAAAUUUUUUGCGGAAAGAUCGAUUUUGUGUAAAUUACAUUUUAAAUGUGUAGUUAGGUACAUAAAAUCGUUAAUUUGAAAAUUAUUCUUUACGUACAAUUUUACAUGAUAUACAAUAAUAUAUUUUUGAAUUUUUUUAAAUUUUUUUGAAAUUUGAAAAAUUGGGUUAUUUUAUUACAAUAUUGGCUCACAAGCUCACAAAAUUAAACAAAAUAGUGAUUUUAAAUGCCUUUCAUGUUAGUUUUGAUAAAAUAUUAUAGGAUUCAUGAACAAAACUGAACUAGAGCACUUUCGUCGCUUGGAUAACGGUUUCGCUCGCUAUUGGGUACCGAUAAAUUGGUGCUACAACUUGGUGAGAGAAGAAAGGAAAAAAGAAAACUUUCCAAACGAUCUGUUCUGCCAUUCUAUUAUCGAAGAGCUCAGGACAUUCAGGUUGAAUCUUCAGGAACUAACCAACUAUGAUUGGGUAUGUUAUUAGUACAAAGCUGGAGGUGGUAGGGUGGUAAAGCAAGGUAACGUUGGGGUAAGAUAGGGCAGAAUAGAGUAAAGUAUGAUAUGGUAGGAUAGGGUCGGACAUUUUUAAUAUCUUUUACAUUCUCUACUUUUCAACUUGAUACUGGAUAGUACUAAAUUUCAGGUACCAGUACCACUAGCCUACCCACAGGUAGUCUUCUUAGCCGUACGAGUCUACUUCAUUAUUUGCAUAUUUUCUCGUCAAUACACAACUAAACCCGAUGUGAGUCAUGAUUGGUACGUUAUUUUACAGAACGUUCUACCGAUUAUGACAGCUUUACAGUUCUUCUUCUGUAUGGGCUGGUUGAAGGUGGCUGAGGCUUUGUUGAAUCCUCUAGGGUAAGUUGCGAUUUUUUUUAAAUGUAAAAUACGAGUUUAUUUGUUAAAAAUUUAGUAAAAUUAAUUGUAAGGUUGGAAAAAUAAGCUAACACGGAGCGUGGAUUCGUGAACCAUCAGCAUGAAAAAAAUAAUACUCGUCUAAAUUACCGCGGUUUUAAUAAUAGUUACUAAGUACUUAUGGUUGGAAAAGUGUACUCAAAACUUUGUAGAAGACCGGCGCUUUCAUUUACAACAAGUUUUUGACUUUUUCAUUGAGAACUGUAAUUUUGAAAAACUUUUUAAAAAUUUGCAUUUUAAACACCUAAAACAAGAUCUAACUCUUUAAAUAGACAAAAUUAGUUGUAGAAUUUCUUUAUAUCUGUUUUUGGCAUAAAAUAUGGAUUAAUUUGAUACCAAAACCGCAAAAAUCUGAUAGCUAGUUUUGGAGCUACAAAUUUUGGUUCUUCGAUAUUGUUUUAGGUGGUCAAUAGCUUUUUGAAAAUGAAAAAUCUGUUUUUAACUUGAGGUUCUUGCUUCUAUUUUUAUGUAUGGCUGUAAAGAUGGGAUUACGUGUUAUUUUAUUUACAAAGUUUUCUUUUUCAGAGAAGACGACGACGACUUCGAGACAAACUUUAUCAUUGACAGAAACCUGGCCGUAAGUAUGAUAACAACUCUUUUUUAAAACUUUUUAAUGUGCUCAUGUUUCUGAUUCUCCCAUUUACACCCGGAGUGGUUCAGGUUUAUACUUGAUCUUAUUUUCACCCCGGACCCGUUCACAAAUUCUUGCUUUUUAAAUAGUUUUUUGGUAUAUUAAACUUCACCUACUUUCAGAUUGGCUUAGCGAUUGUUGACGACUGUCGAAACUCGGUACCAGUUCAAAUCCGUGAUGUUUUUGGGUCGAACGACCGUGCUCUAGACGUGACCAGUGGCAAGGUCGAGGUGCACGCUCUAAUCGGCUCUGCAUCCGAAUUGGUGGUUGAUGAUCAGGAUCAGGAACCGAGGAAGAACAGCUUCCCCAAUGUCAAUCAAAGCUUGAGGAAUUUGAGGCAGCAGGUUCAGAGAAGGUAAAAUACGAAACCUAUUCUGAUAGUUUUAAAAUGAUUUUUCAGGUUAAGUCGAACAUAUUCGUCUUCAGUCUCGCCGACGAUUGAAGACUUGGAACGGGCUGGAGCACAGUUGUCCGAUGAUGACAUUAGACGUCUGAAAGAACGACGUCAAACAGUUAGUGGUAUGUUGAGUAAUUGUAAGCUUUUUAGUACUAAAGAGAAGACUAGUCUAACCCUUACCUUAAUCCUAACCUGCAGUACAGUGGCCUAAAAUAAUGUUAGAUCUGUCGUAUUUUCGCUGUCUACUUUACUAUAGCCUUACUAAUUAAAGUAAAAUUAUUAUGCUCCACAUUUUAGCCACAAACCUAGGGACAUUAGCGGAAGAAGACGACAGUUCCACCGAAAGCAAAGAUUUCCACAAAGAAAGUGAUAAGGAUGGCAAGAACAAUAAGCAAUUGUAA